GUUUCUCCGGUGGACUACGUUUCCCAUGAGCAGUUGCGCCCUCCUUCACGUGACCGCCGCCUAACGUCACAUGCCAACAUGGCUGCUGCUGUCUCGGACGAGCAUUUCACCAGCUUACAGCUUCUCCUGAAGGCUCCGUCUAAAGACGCCGUGCGAGACGUUUGUGUCCAGAGUCACAGAGGGUUGAGUCGACGGCUGACGGAGAGCACAGCGGCCACGUUCAGCAUCGCUGCAGCUCAGGCUGCACAGCUCGUCCACUCUCUCCACGUGCUGUCGCAUCACGUCGUCUUCUACAACCUCAGCUCUCCGGACCAGAUCCUCGACCUCUUCCCCGAAUCCUUCCACUCCAGUCUGAAGAACCUGAUCACCAAGAUCCUGCUGGAGAACAGUCCAACAUGGAGGACAGAAGCUCCAGGAUCAGAAGUCUCUCUCCCACAGUUGAAGGAGUUGGACUGGAGAGUCGACAUGGUGACCGGUUCAGACUCGGUCAGUCGGAUGUCCGUCCCGACCUGCCUGGUUCAGCUCAAGAUGGACGACCCGUCGGUGGGCAGCGACUCUGUUUCCACGGUGACGGUGGAGCUCAGCAGAGAGUCUCUGGACACCAUACUGGACGGACUGGGACGCAUCAGAGACCAGCUGUCUGUGGUCGCUGGGAAAUGAGAGACAGCUGAUUGGCUGACUGGUGUGUGAUGACAUCACAGCCAUGUCAGCGUAUGAUGUUGGUGUUUCCUGACACAUGAUGUCGUUUGUAUGAUUCAUUCAGUCAUUGAUUAAUUAGAAGACAGAAGUGCUGUGCUUGAUGUUUUUCAUUGUUUUGUACAUUAAAUAAUUCAUUAACAGAAUAAUUAAGAAUCCAAACAUAAAGUCACAAUGACCUGCGAAUGUUUGUGUUAACGUUUGUCUUUUUUAAACGUCAGUUAUUCACAUUAUGUUUUGACUUUAUAACAAAACAUUUGAUCUCAUUUAUCAACAUGAAGUAUUAAAGUAUCAAACUGUGAAGAA